UCCUCAUUGCACCUCUCGUCUCUCGCUUCCCAUCUUCCUUUGUUAUUUGCCCUCUCGCUCCAUCUCUCUCUCUCUCUCGUUUAUACUGCAUAAAAGCCUUCUGAAAAGUCUUUUCCCGGAAUCACUUGGCCCAUGGCAAACCUUCACGAUUCCGGAACAGGAACCCCUGAAAUCUCCAAAGUAGGCAUUAUAGGUGCUGGGGUUAGCGGCAUUGCUGCAGCCAAGCAACUCCGCAAUUUCUCCCCCAUCGUCUUCGAAGCCACUGACUCCGUUGGUGGCGUCUGGAAGCACUGCGCCUUCCACUCCACGAGACUGCAGACCCCUCGAAACGACUAUGAAUUUUCCGACUACCCCUGGACGCCUCUCCCCGAUUAUCCCCCGCCGGAGAAUGAUUCUGCAACCUUCCCUACCCACCUUGAAAUCGUCGAAUACCUUGAGAAUUAUGCUCGUCAUUUCGACGUACUCAAGUUCGUUAAAUUGAACCACAGGGUGGUGGAGAUCAAGUAUCUGAGCGACAGGAAACCCACGUACUAUGACGGUAUGUGGGGGGAUUUCGGUAAGCCGCUUUCCGGCGACCCGGCGUGGGAAGUUGGCGUCCGAACCCCUCUCUCUGAAGACAUUCAGUGGUUCAAGUUUGAGUUCUUGGUGGUGUGCCUGGGGAAGUACGGGGACGUGGCCAAGAUGCCAGAGUUUCCGACGGGGAAGGGGCCGGAGAUCUUCCAGGGAACUGUCCUCCACUCGCUCGAUUACUCCAAACUUGGCCGGCAGGAAGCGGAGCGCCUCGUUAAGGGAAAGAAGGUGGUCGUCGUCGGUUACAAGAAAUCUGCUAUUGAUUUCGCCACCGAAUGUGCGGAGGUCAACCAAGGACCAGAUAGACAGCCUUGCACCAUGUUGAUCAGAACACUGCAUUGGAUGAUGCUUCCUUCUUAUUCUGUUUGGGGAAUUUCCUUCCUCCUGCUCUAUGCCACAAGGUUUUCACAGUUCCUCCACGAAAGGCCAUCAAUGAGCCUCCUCCGAGCACUCCUCUGCUUGUUACUCUCUCCUCUGAGAAAAGCAAUCUCGAAGUUCAUCGAGCUAUACUUGAUAUGGAAGCUUCCAUUAAGAAAAUUCGGACUGGUGCCCGAGCAUGCAUACGAGGAGGAUUACGCAUCGUGUCAAAUGGCAAUCCUGCCGGAAAAGUUCUUUCCAGCAGCCGAGGAUGGACGGAUUUGCUUCCGCCGCUCAUCCAAGUGGUGUUUCUGGAGCGGUGGCGUAGAAUUGGAAGAUGGAAGCAGGUUGGAAGCAGAUGUGGUCAUGCUGGCAACCGGUUUCGAUGGGCUUAAAAAACUCAAGUGGAUCUUUCCAGAGCCUUUCAGGCAUUAUAUUCAGGACUCCUCAGGCAUCGUGCCUUUAUACAGGGGGACUGUCCAUCCUUUGAUUCCACAUAUGGCAUUUGUUGGGUACAUCGAGAGUGUUUCAAAUCUCCAUACUUCUGAGAUCAGGUGCAGGUGGCUGUCUUCGCUUCUGCAAGGUGCUUUUGUUCUCCCCACUGUGGACAAGAUGGUGUACGAGAUAAGCAAACAGAUGGAAGUGAUGAAGAGGACUACCAGGUUUUACAAACGGCACUGCAUCUCAACAUUUAGCAUUAACCACACAGAUGAAAUGUAUGAAGACAUGGGACUGAGCCCAUGGAGGAAGAGGAACUGGCUUCAGGAGGCUUUCUCUCCCUACUCCAACCGUGACUACAAAGACGACAACUAGCGCACUUUCUAACAGUUUGGGCACGGUACGCUACUACAAAACAAUCAAGGGAAGAUAAUGGAAGGAUGUCUGCGUUAGGCCUUUCAAAACAUGCAGGAGAAGGACAUUGUCUGUCAUGAAUAAAGCAAAUAAUUAAUGUUUUCUGCCGAUAUUGUCGUUAAUAA